CAGCCGGGCAUCAGUCACCUUGGAGCGGGCGCUGGUCGGCAGCCUCUCGGCUGGACUCUCCUCUCUUCGUCCUUCUCUCGGAUUGAUUGUUUCCGCGUCCCCGGCAACAUGAGCGCGCCGCCGGCCAACCAGCACAGCGCGCGCGCGCACACGGAGGCCGAGCGAGGCCAGAGGCCCCCGGACGUGGACGCAGCGCAGCAGCUGAAGCUGAGAGAGCGACAGCGUUUCUUCGAGGAGGUCUUCCAGCACGACGUGGACGUCUACCUGUCCUCGGCGCACCUGUGUAUCCGAGACUACAAGAGGCCUCCGAUUGGCAGCGUCUCGUCCAUGGAGGUGAACGUGGACUUGCUGGACCAGAUGGAUCUGACAGACAUCUCCGACCAGGAGGCCUUGGAUGUGUUCUUCAGCUGCGAGGGAGAAGACGGGGCGCUGACCCCCCCGCUGCCAGUGCAAGGGAUCAGCAACAACAACGACGGCGACGACGAGGUCACCCGCAACGGACUCUUUGGACACGUCCUCGAGGGUCUCGCGGAAGCCGAAGGACCCUCCACCUGCAGCGUGGGAGCGGACGCCUCGGCCAGGGGGACCAAGAGUGGGCUUUGGGAUGGGAAGAGGCCUCUCAGCCGCACACACCGGCUCUUAUAG